AAAAAGAAAAAUCAUUCGGACGACGAGGAAGACGAAGAAGAAGGGGCGAACGAGGGAAUUCGAAACCCUCGCACCCCAAUCACACCUCCGAUCUCGAUCGGCCCCCACCCCCGCAACAAUGGCGCCGGAUGCCGCCGCCGAGGACGAGGAUAAGUGGCUCGCCGAGGGCGUCGCCGGGAUCCAGCACAACGCCUUCUACAUGCACCGCUCCCUCGAUUCGAACAAUCUGAAGGAAGCCCUCAAGUUCUCGGCGCAGAUGCUCUCGGAGCUGCGAACGUCGCGGCUCUCGCCACACAAGUACUACGAGCUGUAUAUGCGCGCGUUUGAUGAGUUGAGGAAGCUGGAGUUGUUCUUCAGGGAGGAGACCUCGCGCGGGAACUGCUCGGUCGUCGAUCUCUACGAGCUCGUGCAGCACGCUGGCAACGUCUUGCCGAGGCUGUACCUUCUCUGCACAGUGGGAUCUGUAUAUAUAAAAUCAAAAGAGGCUCCUGCAAAGGAUUUGCUUAAAGAUCUUGUGGAAAUGUGCCGUGGUGUUCAACAUCCUCUUCGUGGGCUUUUCCUAAGAAGUUACCUCUCUCAGAUUAGCAGGGACAAGUUGCCAGAUAUUGGUUCUGAGUACGAAGGGGAUGCUGACACUGUUAAUGAUGCUGUUGAGUUCGUUCUUCAAAAUUUCAUUGAGAUGAAUAAACUCUGGGUUAGAAUGCAGCAUCAGGGACCUUUUCGGGAAAAAGAGAAGCGGGAAAAGGAAAGGAACGAACUUCGUGAUCUUGUGGGCAAAAAUCUUCAUGUUCUAAGUCAGAUAGAGGGUGUUGACCUUGAUAUGUACAAAGAAUCUGUUCUUCCCAGGGUGUUGGAGCAGGUUGUCAAUUGUAAAGAUGAGCUUGCUCAAUUCUACUUGAUGGAUUGCAUAAUUCAAGUUUUUCCAGAUGAAUACCAUUUACAAACUCUUGAAACAUUACUAAGUGCAUGUCCUCAGCUUCAGCCAACUGUUGAUAUUAAAACAGUGCUAUCUCAACUUAUGGACAGACUUUCAAAUUAUGCAGCUUCAAGUACAGAAGUACUUCCAGAAUUCUUGCAAGUUGAAGCUUUUGCAAAACUAAAUAGUGCGAUAGGAAAGGUAAUAGAAGCACAGGUUGAUAUGCCAUCUGUAGGAGCGAUAACUCUCUUUGUAUCUCUCCUAACAUUCGCUCUCCGUGUACACCCUGAUCGACUUGAUUAUGUGGAUCAAGUAUUGGGAGCAUGUGUCAAGAAACUUUCAGGCAAAGCAAAACUUGAGGAUAGCAAAGCAACCAAGCAAAUUGUCGCACUUCUAAGUGCUCCUUUGGAGAAGUAUAACAGUGUUGUCACUGCAUUAGAACUUCCAAACUAUGCACAGGUUAUGGAUCACCUAGAUAGUGGCACAAACAAAGUGAUGGCUAUGGUUAUUAUCCAAAGCAUCAUGAAGAACACCACCUGUAUAUCAACCGCUGAUAAAGUCGAGGCUCUAUUUGAAUUAAUAAAAGGGCUCAUAAGGGAUAUUGAUGGGGCUCAGGAUGAUGAGCUUGAUGAAGAGGAUUUCAAGGAGGAGCAGAACUCUGUUGCUCGCCUCAUUCACAUAUUGCAUAAUGAUGAUCCUGAUGAGAUGUUGAAGAUUAUAUGUGCUGUUCAGAAGCAUAUUCUUCUUGGAGGUCCUAAGCGUCUACCUUUUACCGUGCCUCCUUUGGUCUUUUCUGCUCUUAAGCUUGUUAGACGUUUACAGGGUCAGGAUGGAGAUGUGGGAGGAGAAGAGGUCCCUGCGACACCUAAGAAAAUAUUUCAAAUUUUACAUCAGACUAUCGAGGCAUUGUCAUCUGUUCCUUCUCCAGAACUUGCAUUGAGGCUAUACUUGCAAUGUGCGGAGGCUGCCAAUGAUUGUGAUGUAGAACCUGUUGCAUAUGAGUUUUUCACUCAAGCAUUUGUACUCUAUGAAGAGGAAGUUACUGAUUCUAAAGCACAAGUGACAGCAAUUCACUUAAUCAUUGGAACUCUGCAGCGGAUGAACAUAUUUGGGGUGGAGAACAGGGAUACACUAACACACAAGACCACGGGGUACUCGGCGAAACUUCUAAAGAAGCCUGAUCAGUGUAGAGCAGUCUAUGCAUGUUCACAUCUCUUCUGGAUUGAUGAUCAGGAUGGAACAAAGGACGGUGAAAGGGUCCUACUUUGCUUGAAGCGUGCGUUGAGAAUUGCGAAUGCUGCUCAGCAGAUGGCUAAUGCUACAAAAGGCAGCAGUGGAUCUGUUGCACUCUUCAUCGAAAUACUGAACAAGUACCUAUACUUCUUUGAGAAAGGAAAUCCCCAGAUCACGAGCUCAGUGAUUCAGGGGCUGAUCGAAUUGAUCACAACCGAGAUGCAAAGCGAGAAUGCGACGUCCGAGCCAUCUGCCGAUGCUUUCUUCGCAAGAACUCUGCGAUACAUCGAGUUCCAGCAGCAGAAAGGUGGAUCUGUAGCUGAAAAGUAUGAGGCCAUCAAGGUUAGUUAAUUCCUAUUUUUUCUGAUUUGAGCUUCGAGGAUGCAGUCAUAAGUUCGAUCUUUUCUCAGUUAAUUUGGGAACUGCUGGUAUCUGUUGUAAGAAUCCAAGAGUAGCAUUUUGCCGUAGUUUUGAUAUUCAGAGGGCCUCAGAACUCAGAAGCUAUACUGUUGUGCAAACUUCAUUGUUUGGACAUAAGAUUUUUGGUAAUAAAGUGUACUCACAGUUGUUGAUGAGUUUUCUGA